AUGGGACGGUUCUUGAAGACGUCGCCUCCUGCCAAUAGCGACAGGUACGCGAUGGUCCCGCGCGAACAGGAAGAAAGCCAAGACACAGAUCUACACGAUGCGUCAACCGCGACGUCUCCGGGUGCUUUGGGGCCGUCUGCAGCGCUUUCAACCGGCGACGUCGACGUCGAAGGCCAGACGCUUCCACAAGAACAACAUCAAGAGGACGAGAGACAGGACGAGGACGUGACGGACGACAAAGAUACGGAAGACAAGAGAAGGGACGAGAGCGACAGGGUGGUGACGGCUGCGUCCACGCCCGUGCUCGAGCAGCCCAGCGAGACGGACGCCACAGACGGAGACGUGGUCGUCGACGUGGACGCGAUUGACGUCCGUAUUCUGGACUUGAAUGGCAAAUUCUUCAGCAUUUCGUGUCGUCUGGACUGGAGCGUGGCUCGGUUGAAGCAGAAUGUGCUUGAGAGCACGGACGUGGCCGUGGCGUCGCAGCGCCUGAUUUAUCGCGGCCGCGUGCUCGAAGACGAGGCGUCGCUCGAGAGCUACAAAGUCGAAGACGGACACACGAUUCACCUGUUUGUAAGGGCUGCCACGACACCGGAUCCGGAGCUCUUGAGUGCGGAGUUUCAAUCAACUGGUAGCAGCAGCAGCAAUUCGAACGGAGCACGAGACGAUGGGGUUGCCAUCGUGCAUAUGAACAGUGAAGUCGUGUCAUCGGCCGUGUUCCCGUCCGACUCGGCUCGACGCGUGGACCCGUUGAUGCUGGACUCGUCACUGGGCAACUGUGCUCGUCGUGUGAAGCUCUGGAGCUCGUUCUUGCUGAUUAUUUACACGAUGAAAGUAAUGGGCCAAUUUGCGCUGCUUGCAAACGACCAGCAGCAACAGCAGCAGCGAGCCGCAAAACAGGAGCAAGAAUCCUUGGGCAUUCACGAACCCGAUCGUCCGAUGAACCGCUACGAUGAGUUCCCGCAGUAUUACAAGCCCGACCCGUUUAUUGGCGGUAUUGAGCUCAUGGUACACUGCUUUGGUGUGUACGUUGGCUGUGUCGGCUUCAAGGCGGCACAUGACACGGACAUUCGGCCGAUCCGUUUCUACUGUCGCGGAGUCGUCUGGCUCGCCUUUCUUACCAUAGUAGAGCAGAUUUACACGACCGUGCAGAUCUCUGACUCUGACUUUCCGGCAGAGCGGGUGCGGUAUCCGUACGGCGGACAAGGGCCUACGAAAGAAGAUGUGGUGUCGGCAAACGUCUUUCAGACCAUUAUGCUCGUCGCCAUGUGGCUCAUUGCCAUUCGCCACUCGUACAUGCACCAGCGCGAAGUGACGAUUUACAACCAGUCUUUUGCUGCAGCAGCAAUGAAUGCUGCUCCUCCUGUGCACCUGCCCGACGUGGUAUAA